GAAAGACCCAAAGUUGGUUAUCCGGUAAUUUGAUACUCCAUCAUGGAGACCAAUACAUGUACGAUCGUCGCCGGAACAGCCGCCUUGGUCUUGUUUAUCGUGGCAUGGAUGAUGUUCCACCCACAGAGGAGGACAUCGCUUCGACACAAGCACGUGGUGGUUACGGGCGCGGCAUCAGGUAUUGGACGCGGCUUGGCCAUCGCAUUAUGCGAGGCCGGUGCCGUCGUGAGCCUUCUCGACGUCAACAAGGCUGGUUUGGACGAAGUUGCCGCCGCCAUAAGUCAACCCGAGCGUGUUCACGUAUUUCCCUGCGACGUCUCAGACUACACCCAAGUGGAAACGGCAUUGUCGACAGCUGUGGCCACAUUGCAGCGACCAGUUGAGAUCCUCAUCAACAACGCUGGCAUUGUGAAUGGCAAGAAGUUUGUUGAUCUGACACCCACCGACAUGCAAAGGACGAUGCAAGUCAACACGAUGUCGCAAUUCUUCACCACCAAAGUCGUGCUGCCGGCCAUGCUCGAGCGUCAUGCCGGUCUCGUGGUCACAGUCUCUUCUGUGAUGGGGCUCAACGGGGCAUCGGGCUUGGUCGACUAUUGCGCGUCCAAAUUUGCAUUGGUUGGCUUCCACGAAGCUCUACGCUUGGAAUUGAGGCACACAGGCGUACGCACCCUCCUCGUGUGUCCCAUGGCAGUCGCCAGUGGCAUGUUCAACGGGAUUCACGACGGCCAAUCUGCGUGGCACCGCCUUGUCAAUCGAUACCUGUUACCUAUGAUCAACGUUGACGACGCCGUCCGCUCCAUCAUCGACGCCAUCCAAGAUGAAAGGUGCAACGAACUGGUGUCCUGCGCUCCAUGCUGGCGGCGAUAUGUCCUUCCGUGGGCCCCAAGAGUCGUGCGGUUGCUUCCCGUCUGGGCCAUGGAUCGCAUUCUUGGGUUGGCGGGGGCGACAGAUGGAAUGGACACCUUUGUUGGCCGAGCCAAAGUGGAAUAGAUAUUUUCAUUGCUGCUCCCAUGCAAAUGCCAUUAAACAGUAUAUUGUCCUCAUGAAUGCG